UCUUAAUUUUUGGUUCCAGGUCCGAAUUACAAUUGUCACUUUUUUUUGCCCCUCUGAGCAUCGUUUCGAGCGCACUUCAAACCACUCACAGUCGCAGCAAAUGGAGCAACACCAGGACCCGAAAAACCCUAACCAAGUCCUAGACUCAGCCACCCAAAAAAAGCACGCUUCAAUGCUGGAACGCCUCUCCAACCUCCAGCAGACCCGCUUGCAGCAGUCCCUCGCUCGCAAAUCCGACUCCGUCUCCGGCCCUUCUUUUGAAUCCACCCAAUCUUUCCUAACCCGGUUCUCCGACUCCAAUCGCUCCAUUGAGUCCCAACUGGCUGGCGCCCGUCUCACCUGCGAUCCCCAACGCCGAUCCGACCUUCAACAGAUCUCCACUUCUAUUGCCGAUCUCGAAAAGCUCGUAGCUGAGAACUCCUACUACUUGCCCUCUUACGAAAUCCGCUCCGCUCUCAAAUCGGUAUCUGAAUUGAAGCAGACUCUUGACAAUUUGAAUUCCGAGUUACUCCCCAAAAAGAAAUUUUCGUUUCGCAAUAAAGGGACAAAGAGAGAACCAAGCAACGCGCCAGAGGAGAAGGAAUUUGGAAAUGCUGAUUUGCAGCCGAAACUAGUAUUUUCGAUCCCCGAUACGCCGGGGUUUAGGAAUAAGGAAGGUGAGCUUUUGGUUAAAGAUUUUAGGGGUUCGGAUAUUGGGGAAUUUACCAUUUCGGAUCUUGAUUCUUGCGAAGUGAGGUUGAGUGGUUGCGUCCGAACCAUUUUUAUCCAUCGCUUGAAGAAUUGUCGUGUUUUUGCUGGUCCAGUUUCUGGGUCCAUUUUGAUUGAGGAGGUUGAAGGGUGCGUUUUUGUGUUGGCGUCACAUCAGAUUCGGAUUCAUUAUGCCAAAGGGAGUGAUUUUUAUCUCAGGGUGCGGAGUAGGCCGAUAAUUGAGGACAGUAAUGGUGUGAGGUUUGCGCCCUAUUGUUUGUGUUAUCAAGGAAUUGAGGAAGAUCUUAAAGAUUCAGGUCUUGAUGAGGAAACGGGAAACUGGGCAAAUGUGGAUGAUUUUCGGUGGUUGAGGGCUGUGCAGUCUCCAAACUGGUCUGCUUUGCCAGAGAACGAAAGGAUCGGUACUGUAAAUAUUUCAAAUUUGGAAACCAGGAGUGAAGAAAGUUAGAGCAUUUUGUACUGUGGGUUUGAUAAGGCCCAGUGUAUCCAUUCUUUUAAAUGAAAAUUGAGGCAUUCAAAUUUUUAGGUAA